GUCAAGGGGCUGUUUCUCUCCCCACCCUCCUCCUCCUCCUUCUUCCAAAUAUGCUUUUUGCAAGUUUUGAUCUCGUCUCGGCACUGGCUACCCUCGCGGCGUGCUUGGUGUCACUGACUUUGCUGCUGGCCGUAUCCCAACAGCUGUGGCAGCUCCGCUGGGCUGCCACCCGCGACAAAACCUGCAAGCUACCAAUCCCUAAAGGCUCUAUGGGAUUCCCUUUAAUCGGCGAAACCUUCCACUGGCUCCUGCAGGGCUCCUGCUUCCAGUCGUCGCGSCGGGAGCGCUACGGCAACGUGUUCAAGACGCACUUGCUGGGGCGGCCGCUCGUGCGCGUGACGGGCGCGGAGAACGUGCGCAAGAUCCUCAUGGGGGAGCACCACCUGGUGAGCACCGAGUGGCCGCGCAGCACCAGGAUGCUGCUGGGGCCCAACACCGUGGCCAACUCCAUCGGCGACAUCCACCGGCACAAGAGGAAGGUGUUCUCCAAGAUUUUCAGCCACGAGGCCCUGGAGAGCUAUCUCCCCAAGAUUCAGCUGGUGAUCAAAGACACUUUGCGGGCCUGGAGCAGCAACCCGGAGUCCAUCAACGUCUACCACGAGGCCCAGAAGCUCACCUUCCGCAUGGCCAUCCGCGUCCUGCUGGGUUUCCGCAUCCCUGAUGAGGAGCUCAACCGGCUCUUUGAGGUCUACCAGCAGUUCGUGGAGAACGUCUUCUCCUUGCCCGUGGAUCUGCCCUUCAGUGGCUACAGGAGGGGGAUCCGAGCACGUGAGACACUGCAGAAGGGCCUGGAGAAAGCCAUCCAGGAGAAACUGCAGAACACGCAAGGCAAGGAUUAUGCUGAUGCUCUGGAUAUCCUCAUAGAAAGCGGCAAAGAGCACGGCAAGGAGCUCACCAUGCAGGAGCUGAAGGACGGCACCCUGGAGCUCAUCUUUGCUGCCUACGCCACCACCGCCAGCGCCAGCACCUCUCUGAUCAUGCAGCUCCUCAAGCACCCGCGGGUUCUGGAGAAGCUGCGGGAGGAGCUGCGGAGCAAGGGCAUCCUCCACAACGGCUGCAUCUGUGAGGGCUCCCUGCGGCUGGACAACAUCAACGGCCUCUUCUACCUGGACUGUGUCAUCAAGGAGGUGCUUCGCCUCUUCACUCCCAUCUCCGGCGGGUACCGGACAGUGCUGCAGACCUUUGAGCUGGAUGGUUUUCAGAUUCCCAAGGGCUGGAGCGUCAUGUACAGCAUCCGGGACACCCACGACACGGCGCCCGUCUUCAAGGACGUGGACGUCUUCGACCCCGAGCGCUUCGGGCAGGGCCGCAGCGAGGACAAGGACGGCAGGUUCCAUUACCUCCCCUUCGGAGGAGGAGUACGGACCUGUCUGGGGAAGCACCUGGCCAAGCUCUUCCUCAAGGCGCUGGCCAUCGAGCUGGCCAGCACCAGCCGCUUCGAGCUCGCCACCAGGACUUUCCCCAAAAUCACCCUGGUGCCCGUGGUGCACCCCGUGGACGGGCUCAAGGUCAAGUUCUUCGGACUGGAUUCUAACCAGAACGAGAUCCUCACGGAGACGGACGCUAUGUUGGGGGCGACGGUGUAGAGCCGCUCCGGCUG